CACCACACUGUGAGCUCCGUUCGUGCCAGGAAUAGUUCCGUUAUCACAAGCCACAUUAAUGGGCUUACACUCCCCUGAUCGCAUUUUCCACUCCUGAUUUUGCCGGUCGGACAUCAUGUCGCUACUUUGUAAAGAUAGUUAUACAUGAUGCUUUUUGCGCAGACCCGUUUGGAGUACACUUUUACGCACUGAACUCAACAUCGGGCUCGCGUUGGAGUGCUGAGAAUUUAACUGUGAGGUUUUCACCUCUUUCUUGAACUCUCUGAGCGACACAAGCCGCCGGUAUGUUUUCACUCUUGUCCGGGAUGUUAUGUUUUUGUGCUCUGGGAUGUGGUCAGCUAACAAACAGGCAGGCAGACGAUGGAAAGCGCUACAUUUGCCGGGCAAUACCCCUCACGGGCGAUGCCAGUUGCCCUGUGACUUUGCUACCCGAGUUAAAUGCCGGGGGUCAGGAAGAAGAGCUCAGAAACACGGUCAUGCAGCUAAGGGAGACGAUUUUACAACAGAAAGAAACGAUUUCCAAACAGAUUGGCACCAUCAACGAGCUUACCACCAAGCUGUCUCUGUGCGCGUCAGCAACCACCGAUAGAAAGUACGACAAAGGGGGAACAUGGGGCAAAGACAAACAAAACACGAUGGGGGACGUUCCCGGGGAUCCAAAUGAAACUAUCGACAAUCUUGGAAAAACCAUGCAGGGGCUCAAGGACCGACUGGAAAACCUUGAGCAACAGCAAAUGAGGGCCAACAUAUCUGGAGCCUCGUUCCCCAGUGAGCUCCGUGACCUGCUGCAGCAACGUCUUGGAGAACUGGAGAAACAGCUCCUGAAAAAAGUCAGCACCUUGGAGGCGGAAAAGAGCAUGCUGUCCAAUGCCACAGCUGCCUACAGGCUGAAAACAGAGAGCACUCUAAACGCAUUGGUAGAGAGGAUCAAUGAGUUGGAGAAAGGCGGAGGAGACUUCAUACCCCCAGAACAGUUUAAGCUGUCCCUGCCCCAGCGUACCAAUUACCUGUAUGGCCGUAUCACCAAGAGCUUGCCAGAGAUGUAUGCUUUCACUCUCUGCAUGUGGAUCAAGUCCAGCGCCAGCCCUGGCAUAGGCACGCCUUUUUCUUACGGUGUACCAGGGCAAGCAAAUGAGAUUGUGCUGAUUGAAUGGGGCAACAACCCAAUUGAGCUUCUCAUUAAUGACAAGGUUGCUCAGCUUCCCCUGGAGGUUCGCGACGGCAGGUGGCACCACAUCUGCAUCUCUUGGACCACGCGAGAUGGUCAGUGGGAGGCUUACCAAGACGGGGAGAAGCUGGGAGCUGGUGACAACCUGGCAGCCUGGCACCCCAUCAAACCUGGAGGAGUGAUCAUCCUGGGGCAGGAGCAGGACGUGGUGGGCGGGCGCUUUGAUGCCGGACAGGCUUUCGUGGGCGAGCUGAGUCAGGUGAACAUUUGGGAUCGCGUUCUGAAGCCCGUCGAGAUCCAGUCUAUGGCCAACUGCACUUCGUACGUCCCUGGGAAUGUCGUCUCCUGGCUGGCGAGCAACGUCGAAGUUUUCGGGAGGGGAGCGUUCAAGCGGCCCUUGGAGAUAUGCCAGGAGAGGUUGCCCAACGCUUAAAAAAACCUCUCAGCCUGUCAUUUGAUUUGUUAAUGUUUCCAUCCAUUCAACUUUUUUUAUUUUAAGUAGUCUGUUCAUACUGUGAGGCAGCUUGUUCAUUUUAUUUUUUUAUAGUUGGAUGCUUUUCGUAGUCUGGUUUACAUUUACAGCUUUGAGAUUACUGAACCAAUUCUGAAAAAGACCCCCUGAGAUUACAGCUGUGACAUUUUGACCGUUUGGUGUGAUCCAGCGUUCAGGGCCACACAUCUAAGUGUGUAUUGUUUCGCCCAGGCUGAUCACAAUCACCUCUGCUUGCGGUUUCCAGUGGCAAUUAGAGCACUCCUUAGUGACAGCAGUUUCUUCAUCACGAUUAGGAUACUUGGCUUCAACAGCCGUAGUAACAUAAGGCCGUAGGUAUUGGUGCUAAGACGUAAAAUGACCCCCCCCCACACACACACACACUCACUCUGAAGCUCUGAAGUAAAGAAAAUCCACUCUAGUGCAGCACACUUGUAGUAUGACAAACACAUUAAGGUUCAGACCGACGUUGCCAUUAACAUGUGAGCGAGUGUUGCGUGCUGUGUAGGAGGAAAGAUUAAAAGGGUGGCUAAUGUUAUGCCACCUCUUUAACCAAGCAAUAGCACUGAGCCAACAGCAAUCUGAUCCUCACAUGUUUGGCUCUUUUAAAGGGAUAAUACUAAAAAAAA